AUGGUUUUUGGAAGUCCAUUCAGUGAUACCUAUCCCAAAUUUAUAUGGAAAUCUCUUGGUAAAAGUAGAAAGGGCAAAGACAUUUUUAACCCCUUUUUCCAUGCCCUCAAUAAGACUAGAAUUUAUGACCAUAUACUGAAGCACAACAGCAGAUAUUGGCUCUUUGUUGUAACCGGAGGUUGUGUCACGUCCUACUUUUGGGGUAUCUGGUUUAAUAACUUAUGGAAGAAGAUAAACAAAGGGAAGCUGUACAUUGAUUGCCCGUAUAAGUACCCUGAGGAGGAAAACUGA